AUGAAAUUGGAGCCAUCCUACUCUAUUGGCAACCAGUUUGCUGAAACGUUUCUCAUGUCAUUUGCCUCCUAUCAAAUUCUCAAAACGUUUCCAAAAACUGGAACCAAUGUUGGCUGUGUGAUGGAGGAGCUUGUUUUCAAAGCGAUCGUGAAGAUUGAUUCGAAAAACAUGGAAUCUGACUCAGUUGAGGUGCACCUACGCACGAACCUCAAGCACCUCAACAACCAAACCGGAGAGUGGCACUUUGUUAACCUUCCCUAUCGAGGAGCCAAAGAAGAGGACAUUCACGUAUACGGACAAGUGUUGGUGUUGAUAGACGAUGGCGUGUUCGAUUACAUAUUCAGAGCAAAAUCAAAAUGUGAAAAAGUUGGCGUCUACUAUCCAGGAGAGGGCAAGUAUUCGACUCUCGUCGUUCGACCUCCCAAAAAUAUGGUGCUCUAUGCCGACGUUUUAAGAGUUCCUUACAUGAGCCAAAUUAUCGGUCCUCUGUGGGGUGGAAACGAAUGGUCGGGAAUCCAGAGCAUGAAAAAUGGUUUCACACAUAUCAUGUGCCUGGCAGAAGAACUACCAAUGCCAUUCAGCAGUCCAGAAGGUCGGUGCUUUUGCCAGUGUCCACUGGUUCAAGGUGUGAAAAACCCUCUCAACAGAGAAGCUUUCAAAAGAGCUGUUUUCUGGAUUAAAAGAAGUUUAAGAGACGGAUAUAAAGCACCUACAACCAAAUUAUUCUUCAAGAUACUGGUUUAUAGCAAGCACGGUUUCGGGAGAGUUGGGUCUGUCAUGGUCGGGUUCGUUAUGAUGGAAAAUCCGACAAUUGAUUACAAAGAAGCAUUGGAUAAAACAUUUUUAAGGAGACCAGUGCUACCACAUAGAGGACUUGAAGACAUUUGUAAAUGUUUGUUCAGAAAGAAAAAAGAUUCGUUAAAAAUAUCCGGCCUCAUUACGGACAACAAUCCAGAAUUAUCUGAUAGCCCGUAA